UUUGUUUUCAAAUUGAAAAUCUAUUCAGUUAAAUAAUUGCUUAUUGUUAUUAGUUAAAAUGUUUUAAUGUUGAGUUUAUUUAUUUUUUUCUGCCAAUUAACCUUGAUUUGACUAUUAUACUUCUGUCCACGUUGUGUCCUUAAAUAUGUCUCUGGUGACAGCAAAUACUCUUGAAAAUUUGAAUUUCAAAUUUGUUGAGCUUCGCAAGUUAUCUAUCGCUAAAAAGCUAGAUACAAAUGUUAUUAAUAAUGUUGCCAUCUCCCACAAUCAUCAAGUCAUCUUUGCUGCUUACGAAAACGCUUUCAAAGUCAUCAAAAUCUCAACUUUACUGGACUUUGAGUGGUCGAAAAACGUAGUCAAUCAAAUUGUUGAUUCUUACCCAUCAAUUGAAAUAAGACUAUCUUUCAAACCUUUUUUGCUCUCUGUGAGUGGAGGGUCAAAUAACCUAUUGCUUGUUCUCGGUCAAAAUUCUUCAAAUAAUCUUUCGGGUGACAUUUACUAUAUUCCGAAUCUUCUUGCUAAUGACCCUAAUCCUAUAAAUAGAAUUGCAUUUCCUUCAAGCAUUUCUUCUAACGUUCAUAUAAAAUCCGUUGCAUGGCACCCUGAAUUCUCUGAAACUUUAUUUGCUGCUGCUUUAAGUGAUGGAGCGCUUGUUACGAUUGGCAUCGAUAACCAAACCAAAGGCAUUCAAAUUCUCUCGCACUAUACAGAUUCCUUCAAAUUCACAUGUGUUAGCUGGAGUCCUAAAGGAAAACAGCUUGUUGUAGGAGGAGACAACGGACAACUGACUCAAUUUAAGCAUCAAAAUGGUAAAAACUUUCAAAAGGCCAAGAUCAUCCCACCACCGAAGGAGCUACCGAAUCAUAAAAUCAUAAACGUUAAUUGGGUCCACAGUGCUUUAUUUCAAGUAGCUUUCAUUCAUAAUAGUUCGACUAGUAAUCCAGAUACACGUGUAGUUUUUAUACAUGCUCCUCCAAAAGCCACUAUCGAGUAUUAUGAUUUUGGAUCAGUAUGUAUGGAGACAAGCCAAUAUGGUGGACCGGAUAAAAUUCAAUUCUGUUUUUCUCAAAUUGGAAAUAUUCUAUUAUGCCUUUCAUCUAUUUCCUCUGAAGUUGCUUUAAUUGGUUGUGAUGCUGGAGAAAUCAACCCUAUCCCGAAUCAAUGGAGUCAAUGGAUUCUUGAUGAUACUUCAAGAAUUGAGUUACAACCAGACGCGAAUAAUGUAGAAUCUUCACCUUGUGGUAUAUCUUGGUUCAAAGGUCCCACUAAAAUUUUCAAAGUAAACGAAAGUGUUAGUUUUGGCGGUCCUGGUUGGCCCUUAGUUGUAAUUUUAUCUUCAGCUGGUGUCCUUUGUCCAUACUAUGCAUAUCAUAAUCAAGGGAAAUUGAUUAUACCUGAUUUCACUGUUUCUCAACCGUUGCCCAUAACUCUUCCUCCCCCUGCACGCAUAUCUAGUUCAGAGGUUCAGUUAUCAGGACAACAGUCUGCGCCACAAAUUCCUAUUUCAAAAAGUAGUGCUCAGCCCUUUCAAAUUCAGCCAUCUCAAGCAGCUGAUGCUUCUUUCACUUUUUCUCUUUCAAAAUCUGCUCAGCCUAAGCCUCAAACAACUUUAUCUGUUUCUGCAACAAUUCAAGCUCCUGGUCAACCACAACAACAACCCCAGUCUGUACCACCGAAUAGCUCUCAGCCACCCAAACCUACUCAACAACAGCUUCAGCAACAGCAAACUCAACAGUUUCAACUAUCUCAGCAACAAAUUCAACAACCUCAAAAUUUCCAACCUCAAGCUCCUCAGCAACAAGUCUCUUCUAAACCAGCCAUUAGCGAGGAAGAAUUAAGAAAAAAGGAGCAAGAGGUACUAGAAGAAACUUUUAGCGUUGCAAUUCAAGAGGAAAUCAACGAGUUCACGAAAACAUUUCAAAAUGCAAAAAAUAAUUUCUCCAAAGCACUGAAACUGCAAAUUGGUAAACCUGAUGAACUUUCCGUGCUACAAUCGGAAACAUCCAACUUAACUGAGUUGCUGAAAACUUCUUCUGAUACCCUCAAAAGUCUCGAUUUGAGUAUGUUGAAUGGUUAUCUUUUGGAAACAUGGGCUAUGGUUCAAGAGGCGACAACUCGCUUAGAAAAAGAAUCUGAUCCUGUUUACACCAUGUUAGCCAAUCGCAGAUCCUUAGAUCCCAUAACAGCUCGAAAAAUGAGAGAAAUAAAAAAGAUUGCACAUGAUAUUGAACUUCAAUUGGAAGAUUUCAAUAACAUGUUGGAUCGAGAAUGGGACGAAUAUACCGCUAAAAUGAGCUCAAAGAAGCCUGGUAAAACGUUGUCUUCUAUUGAUAUGAUUUACCAUACAUUAUCAACUCAUCAUAAAACUAUCGAAAUAUUGAAAAAAAAUCUUGCUAAAUAUGACAAAUUUACAAAAUCGAUUGAAUUUGAAGACGAUAGUGUUGUAUCGCCAAGACGUAAAGAAAUCCAAGAGAUUAUAAAUUCAUUGAGAAAUACUUCGCUUCAAGAAGAUAACAGCAUGAAUGAAAGUUGUCAACUUAAAUCAUUUAUCAAGGUUCCCAAUGUUACAAAAGAGAAAAAAGAAAGGCUAUUGGAGUUUUUCGAGCAAAGAAAUACAGUUCCAAGCAGGCGAGCUAUUUUACCUGUUGAUUUGAAAUCUUCUAAAAUGGUAUCUGCUGUUGUCAAAGCAAAAGAACGUUUGAAAGAAAUAAGAGCUAAAGCAGUCGAGAAAGCAGCCAGUCCCGUUAAACAAUCUUUUUCACCAGUUCUCAAUUUAACUUCAUCCAAACCUGAGGAUCUCAAUACAACUUUACAAACAACUCAAACUACACCAGUGAAACCUUCAGAGAAAGGUGAUAGAAUCGAGGAUAAAUCACUGUUUUAUACAACUGCAAUAGGAGAUAUGUCGAUUGCCGAUACUUCAAAGUACCAAUCUCCAUCUAAAACAUUCAGCUUUUUAUCUCCAAUUAGUACUAAAAGUGAUCCAAGACUGCCACAGAAAUCACAACCUCUCUCUGAAAAUUCUUUGUUUAAAGAACCUGAACCUGCAGAUAAAUCUACACCUUUCGUUGGUAAAUCAAAUACAAAAACUGACACCAAAGAGGAUGCCAAUCUAUCUUUUUCUUUCUCUUCAACAACAUUAACAAAUAUAGCUUCACCUACUCUAUCUUCCUCUACUUUCCUGUUUAGUUCAUCUAAACCAAUGGGAUCAGAAAAAGCAUUUGCUUCAACUUUUGCAACUGCCACCAAAGAUAUCGCACCUAUUGUAGAGCCUAGCAAAGAAACACUGUCAACUGCUAAGGAAAAUGUUCAGGUUAAAAACGAACCUAAAGAAACAAAACCUUUCAGCUUUAGUUUGAGCAGCACACCAAGUAGUACAACUACUACUAGAACUGAAGCACAGUCAGCACCGAAACCGCAACCUCUCCCCGACAUUGCCACAUUCAAAAGUACUAAAGAGCCUGAGUCAGCUGAUGUCUCUUCUACCAGUAAAACAGACACAAAAGCUGAAGUUAAAGAAAAUACCAAUCUUUCCUUUUCUACUACGAACUUAGCUUCCCCGACCCUAUCUUCUACCUUUUUGUUUGGUACAAAUAAGCCACAAGGACCAGAAAAAUCAUUUGCGUCGAGCUUUACAACUGCUACUAAAGAUAUUUCCAUAAUUGAAGAGCCAAAAAAGGAGCUACCAUCGUCUAUUAAGGAAAAUGUUCAAAGUAAAAAUGAAUCCCAAGACUCAAAACCUUUCACUUUCAGUUUAGAUAAUACUUUUGGUACUAUUACUCCUAAAACUGAAACCAACCAACAAAACUUGACACCGAAACCACAAGCUCCGCCUGAAAACACUCCGUUAAAAGAAUCUGAACCAGCUGAUAAAUCAACGUCUUUUAUUGCUAAAACAGAAGUAAAAUCCGAUGUUAAAGAGGAUAUCAGUUCAACAACUCCGUCUUUCCCUCCCUCUUCAACAGCAUCAACAAACAUAGCCUCGUCCACUGUUUCUUCCACUUUUCUAUUUAGUACUCAAACCACUGCUUCAUCACCCUCUGGUUUCAAUUUCAAUGCUGCUUUAGCAAAUUUAGGUGGACAACCAAGUCAAGAUACUCCUACUAAAAACCCUUUUGGAUCACCAGCUACAAGUUUAGCUCCCCAACCUGGCUUAUUUGCGGCUAAAACAGCAGUUCAAACAUCAACCUUUGGUACACCACCUUCAUUGUCAAGCUCUUUUACUUCUCAAACUACUGCUGUUGCUCAAACUGGAUUUAGUAUUUUCGGGAACCAAGGGCAACCACGUUUUGGAGCUCAACCAACUUUCGGAGGUGCCCCUGCAUUCGGAACUCAACCAACAUUUGGUGGAUCACCGACUUUUGGUAAUACUAUGCCAUUUGGUAAAACAAUGUCUGGUACUAGUUUAGGAUUUGGUCAAAGCUCUGCUCCACCUGUGACAAAACCAGCAGAAGCAGCAUCGCCAUUUGCAGGCUUCGCAAAUGCAAACACCCCUUCCUUUGGCGCUUUAGCUUCCCAACAAACGCCAAGCUUUGGACAAUUGGCUUCUACAACACAACCAGUACCAGCACAACAGCAGCAACCAGCAACUGGUUCACUUUUCGGCGGAUUUUCGCAAACAUCUGCUCCAUCCAUGGCAAAACCGGCAGAGGCAGCAUCGCCCUUUUCUAGCUUCUCAAGCGCUCCUUCCUUUGGUGCAUUAGCUUCUCAACAAGCGCCAAGCUUCGGACAAUUGGCUUCUACAGCUCAACCCGUACCAGCACAACAACAACAACAACAACAAAAACCUGCAACUGGUUCACUUUUUGGAGGAUUCGGUCAGGCCAAUGUCUCUUCAUCUUCAUCUAUCUUCGGUAAUACUUUCCCUUCAGCUCCUGUUUUUGGAUCGCCACAAUUUUCUCAACGACGUCAAUAAAAACCUGAUGUUCUAAUUUCAAGCUCAACAUAAUCAUUAAUUUGAUUUUCAUAAUUUACUUUAAUCUUGCUGGAUAAGCGCCAGUUAGAUAAAUAACUCGAGGUGAUGUCUAUAUUACACGCAGUCUAACGUGUCUUAUAUCAAACCAAUUUUGAAAAUGGAGUAAACUUGAUCACUACUCGUGUACGUCUAAACAAUCGAUCACCUCAAUUAUUAAUAAUUUAGGAUUCAAAAAAGCUUUGUCGCUAUAUUGGCUAUCCAAUGUUGUCGAUUGAACCAUUAUGAAGCAUUGAAAGUGGAUUGUAUUAUCAAUUUCAUAUCUUUUUUAAUCACAAACAUAGUUUACUAACUAUUUUUCACAUGAAAUUCUUUCAAUUACUGAUUUGUGAAAACAAAUCAAAGUCAUCUAAUACAAUGUAUUUACUCAAUUUAAAAAAAAAUUUUUACAGAUUCAAAUUAAAGAAAAAUUUAAGUAUUUGA